AUGAAAAGUCAGAUGGCUGAAAGCUUGAAAGGAACGAUAUUGGCUUUAAACUUUCCAGGUCAAAAUGACAACAUAAAACAAAGACAGAAGCGCUUUUCUGACAGUCGGGUCGUUAUAAAUCAACAUUUCACGGAAAGAACGUUAACACCCGGAGGCGACGUCAGUCUACAAUGUGCAGCGAUAGCGGACAGACCUCCCCAGUUCACUUGGCAAAGAGACGGUCUCAUAAUAUCCAGCAGCACAGAUUCUCGAUACGCUUUGGGUCAAAUCAUGAGGCCCGAUGGAACAGUACUAGCCCAGCUAAAUAUAUCCAGAUUAAGAGUGGAGGAUGGUGGUCUCUACUCGUGUACAGCAAAAGAAAGUGAUCAAAUAGCUGUGCAUGAAAAUAGACUGGACGUUUAUGGGCCACCAUACAUAAGAGCUCUUCCUCCAAUUAAGGUACAAAGCGGUGAAUCCCUGAACCUAAGGUGUCCUUAUUACGGAUAUCCCAUAAGCAAAAUCGAUUGGGAAUACAAGGGAAAGACGAUAACAUCGAACAACUUAUUUCCGAACAGAUACAAACGGAGUCAACGUAGAAAAACCCAUAUCAAUGGAAACCGACGUAACACGAUGCAUCUAAAACGGAAGCCACGCAGCGCCGCUAACAUCCACGGCGUUCUUACCAUACCGGAAGUCUCGAAAGCUAAUAACGGUGCUAAAUACACCUGUACUGUAACAAGUCCAUCAGGGGAGAUGGCGAGACGAGAUUUCGACAUCAAAGUCAUAGAAGCGCCUAUAUUAGAUGAUCUUCUACUGGGAAACAACUUGCAAGAAGGACAGGUGGCUAAUAUCUAUUGUAACGUCAGAACGGGUGAUCUGCCGAUACAUUUCGAAUGGCUGAAAGACGGGAAGAGGAUUCCUAAUAAUUUGAAGGUCGUAGAACGUAGUUCAGAGUUAUUCAGUGCGUUGGUAAUCAAAAGUGUUGCCCUAGAACACUGCGGUACUUACACUUGUGUGGCGACGAACCAUGUGGCUACAGUCAAUAAAUCAACAGAGUUGUACAUAAAAGUUUCACCUAAAUGGUUGUUGGAGCCAGCAAACUCAUCUGUAGUUCUUGGUAAGCGCGGUAGUGUCUCUUGCAGUGCAACCGGUUAUCCCAUGCCACAAGUCCACUGGAUGAAGAAAGAUGCAAUUCUAGGAACUUGGCAGCCGGUACUAGAACUAGCUGGUGGGGGUAUCCUCAGUCUAACAAACGGAACUCUAGUUAUAGACGAAGUCUCUUUAUCCGAUGAAGGACUAUACUCCUGUAACAUUGAAAACGGCGUCGGAACACCACUAAGCAAAACUAUUUGGAUCACUGUAAAUAAACCAGUUCAUUUUGUUACAUCUUCGCCAAAUGUUACAUCGCGAGCGGGACUUCCCCUCUCGAUGCAGUGUAUUGCAAGAGGAGAUGAACCCAUCCAAAUAGCUUGGACUCUUAAUGGAAAUAAUAUUGACUUUCGUAACCACAGAUUAAAACACUCUGAAGUUAAGUCCUCAUCUGCUGUUACUAGUUCCAUUAAUAUAAAUUUUGCAGAGACGAGAGACGCCGGAGUAUAUACAUGCAAAGCAAGCAACCCCUAUGGCAUGGCUACAUACAAUCUCUAUAUUCAUAUCUUGGAACCACCGACUCCUCCUUCCGAAUUGCGUAUUGAGUCUGUUACAUCGAGAUCAGCGAUUAUAUCCUGGCGAGGCAGCUCCGCUCAAUACACUUUACAACAUGCCCCAGCAAAUGCAAAGUGGGACGCAGCAGAUAUUAUUAAUAUCACCAGCAAAGAGAAUGAGAUUCGUCAAGUAUUUAAGCUCCAGAACCUUCGUCCGGCUACCUCAUACUCAGUUCGCGUUGCCACAGUUAAUCAAGUUGCAUUGAGUCACUUUACCGAACCUGUACACUUCAAUACAGAAGAAGAAGCUCCAUCGUCAGCGCCACAACAAGUACGUGUAUCGCAAACAGAAGAACCGGGGGAGUUGUUUCUAACGUGGUCGCCACCAGAUAAAGAAACGCAUAACGGUCACAUAACGGGUUAUCAUAUUAAAGCUGUUCCUCAGAACAUUGGAGUUGACGACGCGGAAAUGAGGACAUUGAAAGUUUCCCAGCAAAGUGGAAAACAAGAAACAACUGUUAGAGGACUUUUAAAGAACACCAGAUACGCUGUCUCUAUAGCCGCAUACAAUAGUGCUGGUUCAGGUCCCUUUUCAGUGCCAGUUUUUCAGGAGACAAAAGCUGGAGCACCGGAAAGCGCACCAUCUUCAGUCGAGUGUACAGCAGUGUCUCCGACAUCACUGAGAUUAGGAUGGCAACCACUUCUUAAAACUGCUGAAUUACUUGGUUACACCGUGCUUUACGCGACUGAUGAGAGUGCUUGGCAUAAUACGUCAGCUGUUCACACUGAGCUAUAUCUACAAAAUUUAAUGAAAUACACAAACUACACUAUUAAAGUAGCUGGAUUUUCUAGUUACGGCGUUGGGCCUUUUUCUUAUCCUAUUAUUUGCGCAACUUUGGAAGAUGUUCCCGGACCGCCCGCAGAUAUCAAAGUUCUGGUUUUGUCACCGACGUCUUUGCUAGUUAGCUGGAAGUCUCCGGAUAAGCCAAAUGGAGAAAUACUCUAUUACACAGUUUACGCUAAACCUAUUGGACUCAGUGGCGGUGUAACAUCAAGUCAACGGAUAGAUGCAAGUCGCAGUACAGCUGAAGUAAAAGACUUGAGUGUAUCUCGCACGUAUGAGGUGUGGGUUUGUGCAACUACCAGAGCAGGAGAGGGAAGGCCCAGCAAGCGGCUGAGUCAAAUGCCUACGCAGAGAGUUGUAGCUGGAAUAUCUUCGCUAGGAGGAACAAUAUCAGUUGGAGCUGGUUCUUCUCUGCUAUUGAGAUGUGAAUGUGUAGGAUCUCCAGCAGCCCGCACCGUGUGGUAUCACAACCACAAUAUUAUUACACACCAUCCAAGAUUUACAAGAAACCAUGAUGAUAGUCUGCUUAUUAAUAACAUAGAUCAGUCACUAAGCGGGAACUAUACCUGCUUAGCCAAAAACUUGUAUGGUUCUGAUUCUGUCGAGUACACAGUCAUUGUACUACCAUUACCAGAACCGCCGGUUUUACGUGCCACUCCUUAUAAGGACUCUAUUCUCAUCGAAUGGGAACAACCUAAUUACUCUGCUAAUAGAACAUUAGGACAGAAAAUAUCGUACAGCCUAACCUGGAAGGAGGCUAAUGGACCAUGGCAAGAGUCGUGGUCACCUGAUGAAUUACCAGAUCUUUCUGAUAAGCUACCUAAUAAAUCGGUACAGAAGUAUCUCCUGACUGGCCUAAAGUGUGGAACAAAGUACUCCAUAAGAAUAACUGCGUCUAGUAAAGUUGGGACAUCCCAGCCAGCUUAUAUGGAAACGAGUACUUUGGGAGGAGUUCCAAUACCACCAGCAUCCAAUGAAUGGUUAUGGAGUAACAGUUCCCAUAUGUAUAUACAACUAGCGGGGUGGGAAGAGGGCGGUUGCGAUAUGCGAACUUGGGACAUUGAGUACAGGACACUUGGCUCUAGAGUUUGGACAAAGGCCAGAAAUACCUUGAUGUACUCGGAUACAAGCUGGGAUCUGCCUAUGUAUCAAGGAAGCUAUCGUUCUAGUUCCUUCGCAAUUUCCGACUUAUCGCCUGGAACUUGGUACCAGGUCCGCGUAACAGCAACGAAUGAAGCUGGAAGCGUCAGCAGCAUUUAUAACUUCGCUACGAAGAACUUGGAUGGCAGUGAAGUCGGGCCUCUCUCGGAUGUGUUAGAUUUGAACAUGUUGGUGAUUAUCUUCAGUUCUAUUCUUCUAGUUGUGUGUCUCGUCUGCUGUGUGUACAUUCUACUUAUGCGACAGAGAAGCGGUACUUUCAUAGAGUAUAGAGACUCUAUAACUAUAGACAAUAAAUCGGAAAGCGGAAACAUGGCGGAUGCUACGCAUGGUAAUUUGGCGGCAAAGGAAAAUGCACUAAAUGCGCAAAACAGAAUUUACAGUACACCGAUUCCGGUUAGAAAUAAUAGUAAGCAUGAGCUGUAUGAAAUAAGUCCGUACGCCCAAUUUGCUGUUGGCUUCAGGACCUUUGGACAUGUGGAAAAUCAGGACAUUCCGAAUGGACAUCGAAAACAUCGAUUUGAUUCUGAAACAAGUUUCCAAAUGUGUUCCGAGUCGGAGGAUAGCGACACAAUAUCUAAGAAUACAUUAAAAAGCAUUCCGAGAAGUAAAUGCUCAAAAGGUUUGUGA